AAAGUAGGGUUAAACGAUGAAAAAUUAAAAUCAGUAGAUUUUAAUGAUUCAAUGCCAAAUUACUGGGAAAAUUACGUCAAGUUCAAUAGAACAAAACGAAUUAUGUCUAUGUAUAUAAUUUUAAUCGGAUGGUCACACCGAAUAAAACAUUAAGUUGUUCUCAGAACAAUACUAAUCUUACAGUGUUAAACCGAAGUCCAAGAAAAACGAACCAUCUUGUCCAUACCUGUUGGGUGUUUUAUGAAGCGCAGUCGUUAUAUUGUAAAUUGACUAGGUUCUUUAUAAAGGCUGGACGUUUCAUCCCCACGACUGUUCUGUGAUUAUCGUGCGUAAAGGAGGACCUUUAAGAUGUACAAAUAUCUUCUCCCGUAUCUCUACCUGGCUGUAGUGACGUCAGCGCCGCAGGAUUCCAACAUUACCUUCGUUGAAAUACAACCGUUACCAGAAGACACAGGACCAGACGUUAUCAGCACACAGAGAACUAAAGUUGAAAAUCUAACAUUGGAAAUUCCAAUAACUACAACCGAUAGUGAACUUGAACAAUUUACAACUGAAUUUGAAGAUGUCCAAACGACGUUAAUACCAGAGACAACGACACGAAAAGUUACUCAGUAUACUUACAAACCAAAACCAACAUCUAGAACGUUCUCAAAACCUCGACCCAGAGUCAUAUCUAAUUUAAACUAUUCAAAUAAACCAAAAUAUAUUUCAAGUACAAAUUUAAUAGACAAGAAUGAUAAACGAAAAUUCAAGAGCCACUGUCGAUGCGAAAAAAUAUGGAACUGUCCCAAACUUCAGAUUACAAUACCCAGGUGUCCCAACGAAUAUUUUCUAUGCUGUUUCUAAUUUAUAGAAGUAAAUCUCUGUAUAGAUUAAACACUAAAGUGCAUCAUUAAUAAAAUCGUAAUUCAGACGGAAA